AUGCCAGACCACCUGGCCAAGCAACAUACCCCCACGUCCCCAAUCUACGAGUUCUCCUUUGACUUCAACAAACAUAAGGGGCGGGCCGACGCGAAGGUAGCCUUACGAAUGGAUAUGACGAGCGUCAAAGGAUACUGGGACAGUCUUAUCGACUCUCCCAGUAUUCAGAAGCGUGAUGUCGAGCCCAGAUAUUUUUCGCAUCUCUACAGAGAUUGGAAGAAGGGUUUACGGAACGGAGACAGGUUCAUACAUGAUUCUAGUUACUCGCCAAUAACAGUCAGGAGUAACCUAAGUACGCCGGUCUUUUGGCAAGCUGCCGAGAACUGUCCCAUAGGGGGCAACAUGUAUGGUGAAGGCAUCGCAGCUUACAUCCAGGGCAACGUCGAUGCCAAAAUGUCAUAUGCUGUUACAGUGAUUGCAACCGGGGACCGGGGCACUUCGAGAGUUGAUGUCAAGGAAGCUACUGGCUGGAUUGGAGUCACCGGCGAGACGGAUCUGACUUUUGGAGUUGGCGGAAUGGGUCGUCUCGAUAUCGGCAUGGCCGGAAAAGGCAACCCUGCCAGGAGCCAGAAAUAUUACGACAUAUUUAACACACAUAGGAUCGGUGCAGGGUCUUUCUGGGGCUUCAUGGCUCUCACUCCCUUCAUCUCUCGGCAAACUUGGUUGUCCACAUCUCGCAUGAAAGAGUCCCCAUCUACCGUAUUUGGCCACCCGGCGAUCUUGAACGGACGUUUGGGAACACGAGUCAAGACUGACUUGGGCCGCUUUCCAGCAUCGCUUCCUGAACCCCUAUUGCCAAAAGAAAUAGAACAUUAUACAAAACAGAAUAAGGCAACCGAGGUGCAAGUGCAUGGAGAUAACUACGUUUAUGGAGACGGAGGCGAGAAAGGCAGCACCAUCGAAAUCGGACAUGACCUCGGUUUUGGGCUCAUCAUGGACUUUGAGGUAUACCCCCAAGUACAGGGUCAACAGCCUGUUCUCCAGCCCCAGGAAUCAUCUUUACUUGUUACCAGCGAAACAUUUUCUAGAUGGGAUAUCCCACCAGCUGAGAACCACAGAACCUGCCCUCAAUCUUCGGCCUCGAGUCUACUUAAACAAGAUGUUGUUGGCAAAGACCUUCUUAGCUGGAGAAACAAUAAUGGAUCGGCUACAUUUUACCAUGACGUCUACCGUCCUUUUCACGAACCCUGCCACUACUCGCCCAAGACAAAGCGAACAAGCUUCGAAUUGCCUUCACCUGGAAACGAGUCUUCGUCUAUAUUGACUAAGAAUCUCAAUAAGAGAGGCUUAAACAAUCCCAAAGACGCCUUUGGUUCCGCGCGCCUCAGACCGCUCGAUAUAUUUGGCACCGUCAUCGCCUAUCUCUUCACAAGCCGAAGCGUCCACAAUGAAAUGCCCGGUAACAUCAGCUGCGAUGGCAGACGAUGCGAUUAUUGUUAUGGUGCGAUUGGGACUGACCCAUGCUGUGGCUGUGUUUGCAUGCAAUGCAAGUGGGGACCUCGUGGCGAUAUUGAACCAUGCGAAGAGUGCUACGAGGAGGGAGAUUGGAGUGAAGCUCCAUGGCCAGGUUCUCUCGUGAAAAGGGACCGAACCAGUGGCAACGACGUUGCCGAGCACGAAGGUGAUGGGGGGGUUUAUGAUCACAAGAACGAUUUACACUCUCGUGCCCCUUACAUCAAUUCUGCCUGGAAGCAUGUCAAGGUCUGUAAGGAUCUGUACCAUAUCCCCGACCCAACAACGGUGUCGGCAAUAUUCAAGUACCCGCAGUUCCCCAAGGACGUGAACAAGGUAUGGGACGGGGCCAUGGGUGGUAUCUAUGACCCUAUUUCCAGCUACUGGGGAAAUAGCUCGGCCGAGUGUGCAGACUGGAGUAUAGGGCGUAAUGAUACACGCGACAAGACACAUCACCCCACCCGCGGUUUCAUUCCCUCAGCGUAUCAGAAUCAGUAUAUCAUGACUGUCGACGGUACCAAAUUCCCGUGGUUCAACCCCUCCAGGCCCUGGCAGCCUUACUCCUUGUUCGGCACACUCUGGACGGAGUUGGGCAACGUCUUCCACAAGGACCGCCUUGCAAUCUUGCAAGAGAGAUUGAACCGCAAGAAGGAGAAUGUCUUCGCCCUGGCCAAAUCUUACAAACCAAGCAUUUACCCGUACAUGACGCACGACCAGCAGUGGGCGACAGUUAAGGAAAUAGGCCCUACUUUCUCUUACAUGAACAACGAUACUAUCUGGGGCAUGUGGUGUGAUAGCUAUAAGGGUGUGUACGACCGGCUGGAUAAGUUUGACCAGUGGUACACGGUCCACAAAAGCCCCAAUGAUCCAGACGUCACACUAGCUGAGGAAUGGGGCAAGUAUAAUCGCGUAGUCCUCGACUCCGCUGUCAGGAUCUACCGCGUUGGUUGGGACUGGACAUUUCAAAAUCGACGAACCAACAAUGCCGCUCAGCGGUUUUCGCCCGAAGAGGCACAAUGGCAAGCUAUACGCGCCAGGAACCCCCCGGCGAGCGUCUUUCAUCUGAAGAAGUCUUGCCCCAAUCUUCCUCCCACAACUAUCGUUUAG